UCUUCUUUUAGUGUAGGAUACCAUUUUCCUUGAUACAUGCCCAUAUACACACACACACACACACACCCAAUAACUAAACUUGACUUUGGAUGAUGACUGGUUUUCAAGUCUGGAUAGAUGGCAGUCAUGUGGGUCGACCUAAAAAAGUAUCCAUCCAAGUAACACCAAAUACUUUAUUAUCAACUAUUAGAGAAGAAGCAUGUCGCAAGUUGCAAUUGGAAAACUCUUCAUCCACUCUUCAACUCUAUUCACCUAUCAGUAGAAGAACAUUGGACCUUGGUUUACCUGUUCGACUAUCCAAUCUAACACCUAAUAGUCAAUUGGAGUUGAAAGUGGAUACUCACGUUUCCAAAAGUAAACAUAGCAGUAAUAACGCUUCUACAGUUGACUCUCAAAGAAUAAUAACCGUUGCUAUACAGUCACUCAAGAACGAAGAAAAGGGAAACAGAUGGACAGUUGUAGCAACCAGUCAAGAAACUUUACAAACUAUUGUGGAUAGAGUACAGACUCAAUAUGGUUUGUCUUGUGGAGAAAAGAAGGACAACUUUCAACCAUCAAAGGAAGAUAAACCCUAUCCCGUUUUGUAUUAUAUCAACCAACCUAUAAGAGACUUAACAACCAAGUUACAAGACUGGGGAAUAGUAAAAGGUUCCGUAUUAUUCCGAUUGGAUUGGGAAUAUCGGGAUGAAGCACAACAAAAGGAAGAAGAAGAAGAAAAGAAGGAUAACAAGGUCACGGAAUCAUAUGGUUUAUCUAUUGAUAAGAACGAGAAGACAGAUGAUAAGAAUGAUGUCCAUAAGGAGGAGGAGGAGGAGAAGGAAUCCAAUGAAUGCUUGCCAACGAUAAGUAAUUAUAUUAGGAAUGAAAGUCAUCAUAGCCAAGUUAUCACACCACAAGACGAUAUUCUCAAUUGGUUUGAAAGUGGUCGUCUUCGAAUCUAUCAACCAACUCAUAGAAAUUUGAAUCCUUGUGCUGUGGAGUUGCCAGAAUCAUUUUAUGAGUUUACUUUGGAUGAUUUACAUACUUGGAGAGCAGAACAACAGAAACAACAACAACAAUCAUCCAUGUUUUUGACCAAAGAGCAACGACAAUCUAUGAUAUCUCAUUCUAUGGGUUUAUUCGUGUCAGUGAAAAUCAAAUUACCCGAUGGAAUAUAUAUCGAAGCAUCCUUUCAUGUAAAGGAUACUUUGGAUGCAGUUUAUCAGUUAUUGAAAUGUUUAUUAUUGCCCGAUAUUCAUCGUGAUAUAUAUUUAUUUACUACUCCACCUCCAAGACGUUGGGUCAACAAAGAUAUCGAAUUAUCUCAUUUUAGUCCAGGAGUAUUGUUUUAUUUAGGAGGUAUAGAUUGUUCAUCAUCAUCAUCCCUAUUACUACAGCCAAUAGUCUAUCAACGACUAGAAAGUUCCCCUUAUGAACAAGUGAUUGAAAGAGAAGAGAAAAAGGCUCAAGAAAUAAGAGAACAAUGGAAUAUCACAAAUGAUAAUAACUCUUUUUCCAUAGAUGAUAAAGAGUAUAAUCAUCAUCAUACAAAAGAUAAGGAAUCAAAGAAAACAAGUCGUAUUCCUUCUUGUGUCCACAUGAAUUUAUUACCACACAAGAGUUGGAAUAUUUGGAGUAGCAAAAAUAUUGCUCGUAUUGAAAGAGAUGAAAUAGCUUUUGAAAGAGAACAAAGAGAAGAGCAACUAGAAAAGGUUCAACGAGAAAGAGAUAGUAGGUUGGACAAGUUGCGUAAGAAAGUUCGUGGAGAAGAAGAAAAGAAUGAAGUUUCAGCCACAAGUGGUGAUGGUGGUCGUGUGCUCUUGUUUGAAAAGGAAGAACGACAAGCAAACCAACUCAAAGAGAAGAAGAAGAAUACAAUUCUUAACAAUACCAUCAAAGAUAAUUUAAAAGAUAGUUUACAAGUUCCUUGGUAUGUUUGUAGAACAGAAGAGGAGAGACGAGGUGAAAACCAAGGACAAGUGGAAGAACAAGAUCCUUUGAAAGCGAUACAAGAGUGGGAAGCUAAAGAGAAAAGAAAGUUUAAAGAAAGAAAGAGAAAAAGAGAAGAGAAGAGUAGAGAGACAGAAACUAUCCAGCGAUGUCAUCAAGGCAAAAGAAAACCCACUUUUAUACGUUUAGAUAAGAACCACAAAGGAAGUCUGGAUAUUUGGAAACAAUUGAGAACAUCUUAUCAAGACUCUUAGAGAUAUACUUUAUGUAUUCAUUACUUUGUUUCAAACAAAUAUGAGAUACAAUAUCAUUUCAUAAUGAACUGUGUAAAGCAAUACUAUUAUUCUAUUCAU